AUGAACAAGCGAACACUGGAGGAUGAGGACGACGCUGCGCCAGCUGGAGAAAAUGGUGGCAACUCGCCCGGCGUGCGUAAUGACGCCUGUCGUACCCAGACGAUCGAGAUCGACUAUAGCGCCUUCGAUGGCGAGGCUGGCGGAUCCACUAAGCUCGAGAUAUGGGUGACAGAUAUACAGGGAGUCGAGAGUCGAGUUGGGGAGAUUUGGGAUGUUGAGAGCUAUGAGCGAGCCGGGAAAGUCAAGGCCAUUGCGAAGAAGCGCGGUAUCUCAGAAAGGGCUUCCUCUACGCCGAUGGAUAAGUUUGAAGGUGAAGAUUGGGAGACGGCUCGUCGGGAGCUGGAGGGUCGUCAAGAAGAAAAGGCACGCCAAGAGGAAGCAGCUGACCAAGAGGAAAGGACUCGUCAACAGGAUAAAGCUCAUCAAGAAGAGAAGAAAGCUCAACAGGAGGAAAACAGAGUGCUUAGGGGAGGAAGGGAGGCUCAUCAAGAGAAGAAAGCCCUUCGGGAGGAGAAGAAGGCUCAGCGGGAGGUUAAGAAAGCUGUCGUCGAGAAGAAUAAGGCCUGUCAGGAGAAGCAAAAGGCUGCCGAUGAUCUUCGAACAAGAAAACAAAAGAAGAUAAAGGCCCAUCCGGAAAAGAAGGCCCGUAAAGAGAAAAGAGCUCUCGAGAAGAAAAGGGGUAUCCGGGAGAAUGAGAAAGCUCUCCAGAAGAAGAAGAAGAUACUUAGGGAUAAGCAGAAGGUCUUACGAGAGAGUAGAAAUGCCCUUCAUGACAAGAAGAAGACUCGUCAGUCGAUGUCAACAGAGCGUCUACGAUCUGGAUAG